GAGAGUAUAUGAAACAAAAAUUUGAAGUGCAGGGGCACGUGUAGGUGUGAAAAUGCUUUGGGUGGAGGUAUGUGUGCGGUAGGUGGCCCCACAUGGCAUAGACAUGUGUCGCUUCAUUCCCAGCUACCUCUAAUCCGUACCCAACAACCUUCGCCGGCGAGGCAGAGCGCCACCAACCAACCCGGGCUGCCGCCGGCCCGCCGUGCCCCCCUCGCCAUGUCCAUCCACCUCCGCGCCCACGCCUUCGCGGCCAACCCGCUGCGCGGCCUCGCCGGCACGCGCUCCUCCGGUGCCGUCUCCCCCUCCGCGGCCGCCGAGGCCCUCCGCGCCCUCCUCGACGGCGCCGACGCCGCCGCCGGACACCACCUCUCCAGGGUCCUCCCGUUCCGCCGCGGCCGCCCCCUCGCGCGCUCCCCCGACCCUCCUGCUCCCUCGUCCUCGUCCCCCGCGCCGCCGCCGGCCUGGCGCCUCGCGUGGCUCCCGCCCUCGCGCGUCCCCGGCGUCCCCUCGGACGUCUUCGUGUUCCUGGGCUCCCACGGCGGCGAGGGGGGCGGCGAGGAGGCCGCCGCGUACUGGGCCGUCGACGUCAGCGAGGUGGAGGGCGCCAGGUUCGGCGGCGCGGGGGAGGAGUCGGCGUUCGUCGACUUGAGGACGCUCAUGGUGGCCGCCGACUGGAGGGACAAGGACGCCAUGGGGGAGCUCGCCGUCGCCGGCCACGCUCGAGCGCUGCUAGAAUGGCACAACACGGCGAAAUUCUGCGGAGCGUGCGGGGCAAAGGCAGUUCCUACCGAAGCCGGGACGCGGAAGCAGUGCAGCAACGAGUCCUGCAAGAAGAGGAUAUACCCGCGAGUUGACCCCGUUGUGAUUAUGUUGGUCAUUGAUAAACAAAAUGACCGCGCUCUCUUAAGCCGGCAGUCAAGAUUUGUGCCCCGGAUGUGGAGUUGUCUUGCUGGUUUUAUAGAGCCAGGGGAAAGCUUGGAAGAGGCAGUGAGAAGGGAAACAUGGGAAGAAACUGGGAUCGAAGUUGGGCAAGUCAUUUACCACAGUUCUCAACCAUGGCCUGUUGGGCCAAAUACCAUGCCAUGCCAGCUGAUGGUGGGUUUCUUUGCUUAUGCUAAAUCAUUGGACAUACAUGUUGAUAAAAAAGAGCUUGAAGAUGCCCAGUGGCACAGCCGUGAGGACGUCAAGAAGGCGCUAACGUUUGCCGAGUACGAGAAAGCCCAGAGAUCAAGCGCGCUCAAGGUCAACCAGAUAUGCAAGGGCGCCGAGAGAGGGCAGAGCACCUCCUCCGACCUCAGGGUGGAGAGCGAGGAACCCGCUCCGAUGUUCGUCCCCGGGCCCUACGCCAUCGCUCACCACCUCAUAUCGUCGUGGGCCUUCGAAGGGGCGCCGAAGGUGCCCAGCUCCUUCUCCAACCUAUGAUGAGCCUGGACCAUACUACUUCGUCUUCCGAUUUACGGAAGGGGAUGUUUGUAUAGCACACUGAAACAUUGUAGGCGCACGCCAUGUACUAUUUCUUACGCUGUCGAUAGCUACAGUAGAUAUGUUGUUGCUCAUUGCUGGUGGUUGUAACAGAAGGGCAGAAGAGGACCGGGGAGAGUUUUGCAAGAUCGGCGUCGUGGAUAUAUUGACGGUUAUUGGUGAUUUGAUUUCAAGUGUAUGAUGUAUAACUUGCACGGAUGUGCUUGCAUAGAGACAUAUACAAACUGAAGAUGAAGUUGCUAUUUUUUUUUCCUUGAGAACUAUACUAGAUGAAGUAGCUAUGUUUUUUUUA